GCGAACGCGUCUUUUUCUCUCUUUUUCUUCACUUAACCCUCCUCCCCCUUUCCCACUUGUGUGUCCUACCACGAUGGAGGGCAUCCUUGAUUUCUCGAGGGAGUUCGAUGUCUCCCUUCUGGAUAAAAUCGCUAUGGCUUUCUAUACCGGAUCAGGCUCGGAUCACCAAAUGGCACAGCAAGUCCUGACGCAGUUCGAAGAACACCCGGACGCGUGGACACGAGUACCUGAUAUCCUGGAAAAAUCGACAUUUCCUCAGUCGAAGUACAUCGGUCUGCAAAUCCUCGAGAGGCUGAUUACGACUCGAUGGAAGACGCUUCCAGAUGGGCAACGACAGGGCAUUCGGAACUUCAUAGUCGGUGCCACGGUCAAAGUCGCGUCAGACGAGACCGCCUUGCGAAAGGAGAAGACGUACAUCAACAAACUCAACCUUGCCCUCGUCCAGAUCCUGAAACAAGAAUGGCCACACAACUGGCCUACGUUCAUCUCGGAGCUAGUGGAAUCCUCUAAGACCAACCUUUCCCUUUGCGAGAACAACAUGGUCAUCCUGCGGCUGCUCUCCGAGGAAGUUUUCGACUACUCUGCAGAACAGAUGACGCAGCUCAAGAUCAAGAAUCUCAAGAACCAAAUGUGCGGAGAGUUCAGCGAGAUCUUCAAGCUGUGCUCAGAGGUUCUUGAGGAGGCCCAGAAAACCAGCUUGAUUAAGUCGACUCUCGAGACUCUCCUUCGCUUCCUCAACUGGAUACCGCUGGGAUAUAUCUUCGAGACAACGAUCAUUGACCUACUCCUGAAUCGCUUCCUCGAAGCGCCCGAGUUCCGCAAUGUCACGUUGAAGUGUCUUGCUGAGAUCGCCUCGCUGAAUGUUGGUCCUGAAUACGACCCAAAGUUCGUCAUCCUCUUCGCGAUGGUUAUGACCUCCAUCAACCGCAUGAUCCCACCUUCAACCAACAUCGCUACCGCAUACGCGUCAGCAUCUGACGCUGGCCAAGAACUUGUGCUCAACUUGGCUCUGUUCCUGAGCAAUUUCUUGGGGAACCAUCUCCGCGCUGUAGAAACCGAAGCCAACCGGGACGUCCUGCUCAAUGCACACUUGUACAUGGUUAAGGUAUCGCAAGUGGACGAACGCGAAAUCUUCAAGAUUACGCUUGAGUACUGGUCAAAGCUCGUCGCGGAACUCUACGACGAGAUUCAGGCAUUGCCUAUCGGCGAGAGUGGAUUGCUCAUGGGGCUGAGCUUGGGGAAUGGAAGUGGAAACAUGCUGAACGGCAUGUCUCUGAGGAAAAAUAUUUACAGCGAUGUUUUAAGCAACUUGCGUCUCGUCGUCAUUGAACGGAUGGUGAAGCCAGAGGAGGUCCUCAUAGUUGAAAAUGACGAGGGAGAGAUCGUUCGUGAAUUCAUGAAGGAGUCCGACACCAUUGUUCUCUAUAAACAAAUGAGAGAGCUCUUAGUCUACCUCACACAUUUGGACGUCGUCGACACCGAGAACAUCCUUACGGAGAAACUCGCGAAACAGGUCGAUGGCUCGGAGUGGAGCUGGCAGAACUUGAACACCUUGUGUUGGGCUAUUGGUAGUAUUUCUGGUGCCAUGAACGAAGAGACCGAAAAGAGGUUCCUUGUUACAGUCAUAAAGGAUCUUCUCGGACUCUGCGAGAUCAAGCGCGGCAAGGACAACAAGGCCGUCGUCGCAUCGGAUAUCAUGUACAUCGUCGGUCAAUACCCACGUUUCUUGAAGGCACACUGGAAGUUCCUCAAGACUGUUGUCAACAAGUUGUUCGAGUUCAUGCACGAGACUCACGAAGGUGUCCAGGAUAUGGCUUGCGAUACAUUCAUCAAAAUUGCCCAGAAAUGCCGGAGACACUUUGUCAUGCAGCAGUCCGGAGAGCAAGAACCUUUUGUAGAUGAAAUCUUGCGGCUCCUGCAUCGUAUCACUGUGGAUCUUUCGCCUCAGCAGGUCCAUACAUUCUAUGAAGCUGUUGGCUAUAUGAUAUCUGCCCAGCCAAACAAACCCCAGCAAGAACGUCUCAUUUCCAAGUUGAUGGAGCUUCCAAACAAUGCGUGGGACUCCCUCAUGGCACAAGCUGCUCAAAGCGUUGACGUCUUGAGCAAUAUUGACAACAUCAAGAUUCUCUCUAACGUUCUCAAAACGAAUGUUUCAGCAUGCACAUCGAUCGGUAGCUUCUACCUUCCUCAGAUUGGUAGAGUCUUCCUGGACAUGCUCGGCCUUUACAAGGCCGUGAGCGGCAUCAUCAGUGAAACUGUGGCCAAAGAGGGCAACAUCGCAACGAAAACGCCCAAAGUCCGCCAGCUCCGAACUGUCAAGAAGGAGAUCCUAAAACUCAUGGAGACCUAUAUCAAGAAGGCUGAAGAUCUUGAAUCUGUCAACCUCAACUUCAUGCCUCCGCUGCUCGACGCUAUUUUGGGGGAUUAUCAGAGCAAUGUUCCUACUGCUCGCGACGCCGAAGUUCUGAACGUUAUGGCCACCAUCACUGGCAGACUGGGCCCCCUGCUUACCCCUCAAGUUCCCCCUAUUCUUGACGCGGUAUUCGAGCCGACGCUGAACAUGAUUAAUCAAGAUUUCUCGGAAUACCCAGAACACAGGGCUGGUUUCUUCAAGCUUCUCCGGGCUAUCAACUUGAAUUGCUUCCCUGCUCUGCUUGGUAUACCACCACAGCAGUUCAAGCUGUUUAUGGAUAGUAUAAUCUGGGCCAUCAAGCACACGAUGCGUGAUAUCGCAGACAUCGGUUUGAACUUAUGUUUGGAGGUCAUCAACAACUUCGCGGGUACCGACCCCAAUGUUAGCGACGCAUUCUUCAGGGAAUACUUCUUGAGCAUACUUCAGGACAUCUUCUUCGUCCUGACGGAUGCUGACCACAAGAGCGGCUUCAAGCUCCAAAGCUUGCUGCUCGCACGGCUCUUCCAGCUGGUGGAAACCGGCCAAAUCCACACACCACUGUUUGACCCUGCUGCAGUGCCUGACCCGAACAUCUCAAACUCCGUCUUCUUGAAGGAGUAUUGCGCAAACCUCUUGAAGAACGCAUUCCCUCACGUCCAUAACUCACAAGUGCAAGUAUUCGUGAACGGACUCGGCGAAUAUCACAACGAUAUCAACCGGUUUAAACUCGUGCUCCGCGACUUCCUCAUCCAACUCAAGGAGUUCUCCGUCGGAGACAACGCGGAUUUGUACUUGGAGGAGAAGGAAGAAGAGGCUCAGCAGAAAGCGAAUGCAGAGAGAGAAUUGGCGAUGCGGGUACCUGGCAUGCUCAAGCCUUCGCAGAUGGAGGACAAGGACGAGGACAUAUAAAGAAGAAUGGACUUGCCUGGUUCUUGUUGUGCUUCGGGUUUCAUGAAUUUUCUUGCAUAUAUCAUUACGCAUCCACCCCUCAUCCCCCUUGCCGUCCACGAUCUUUCAUCCGUUCUAACAGCUUAGCUUGCUAUCGAUGUCUUUGUGCCACAGUUUUUUAUAUCUAUUGUACUAGUAUAGGCCUCGAAAUACAACUACGGAAAGCUAUA